AUGCGAAUAUUAACGGCACUAGUACGAAAUGCAUUCAAGAAAGUAUUUUUAGGUAAUCUAGGGGAUUGCAGUAGCCUGAAUAAUUAUUAUCAAUUGAGUAAGUUAGUAGCUGGUAGGAAUAUGCAUGUUGCUGCAGUCAAUUGGGUAAUUGCUGAUGAAUAUGGCCGUCCUAAGAAAUCACGCGUAGAUCCAAAGGAAGAGAGAAAAAUUUUGAUGGAAGAUUACGAAUACGAUUCGCUUCAUAAAGUACCUAAUAGUAAUAAGUUAUUACCAAGUUUAAUCAGGAAAACUGCAAAACAAAAACUUCGAAUGUAUGUUGCACAAUAUAUCGGAUUUAUGGUGGAAUUGAACAGGAACCACAAGUUAGAUAAAGCCAUGAAUAUAUUGGACAAAUUCAAUCAAGGCAAAAUGAAAACCAAAUCGAAUUCGGUCAUGUAUAACGUCAUGAUUUCGGCCUAUGGUAAACAUGGUGCACCAAAUACAGCCUUUAAAUUAUAUAAUCAGAUGAAAAAACGUGGAUUACAACCGACUGAUAGGACAUUUACCAGCUUAUUUAGUGCAUGUGCAUGUGCUUCUACACCUUCUGCACACUUAAAGCGUGUUUAUAAUCUAAAAAAUGAAAUGGAAUCAACCGAAGAUGUGUCUAAUGCAAUUACGUAUAAUGCACUGAUACAAGCAUUAGUUGAAUGCGAAGCUGAACCUGAAGAACCAUUUGAAGCUUAUAAUACUAUGCUGGAUAAAAACUUCGCUGCAGAUACUUACACUUAUUGUUAUUUAUUAAAAGCGUGUAGUAGAGAUAAAGUCAAGGGAAUAACUAGAGCAUUACAAUUGUGGGAAGAGAUGUACCAGAAAAAUGUUGAUUAUAAUAUUUAUUCAUACAACAUGAUGUUAUUAGUGCUUCGAGAUUGUGAUUUACCACCCGAACAAGAUGGCAUAGAGAGUAAAAUUGACAUUUUAGGUGGUUUAGAGACAUUUUUAGAAAAAUUAUCCGAACUGAAAAUUAAGCCAAAUAUAACAACAUUCGAUCUAUUAUCAUAUAUUGUCCCGUAUCAGCAAAUUGGUGAUUUAAUUAAAUAUACCAGGGCAAAUAAAAUUACUCUUGAUGUAGCAUUUAUGAAUUCAUUGCUUAGACGACAAGUACUUGAAGGCAAGCUUUCACAUGCAAAGACUCUUUUUAAAAUCUUGCUAACAACCGGUGUUGAACCAGAUCUGAAAACUUACCAGGUGCUUGCGUCAUGUUGUCAAAGUAAAGAUCAAGGUUUAAAGAUGCUCAAGGACAUGAAAGUUGCGGGACUUAACCCAAAUAGUUUCAUCUACGGUACGCUGUUAAAGACUGCCGUUAAUAACUACGAUUUCAAACUUGUUGUCGGAGUAAUGGAGUACAUGCUUGAAGACGGCGCAUAUCCUAAUGAGAUUAUUAUGGAUAUUCUCCAAACCGCUCUCAGAAAGUCUGGAAAAGCUUCGUCUACUAAAGUGACCAAAUGGUUUCCCAAGUUUUAUGCAUCAUGGCAGAAAAGAAUAAAAGCGAAUAGAGUCGAAAUCGACGACAAAGUAGAAAAUGCUGUAUAG